UGGCAGCAGGUGGUGCGACAUGUGGACCGGCUGAAGUCCUCCUUCUUCUUUUGGCUGUCAGGGAAGAGGAGCAACAGACGAUUUAGCAGGAGGUGGAGGAAGAAAUAAAAAAAAAAUAAGGUGACAGUGACGGUCGGUGACCCGGGAUGCUCGGACAAUCUCCUCACCUUAUCGGAGGCAUCUUGUGGAUCCAGAAUCCGAUGAGAGCUGUUCACUGUAACCUGAGCCAGAAUGGCAUCGACCACCAGAUGUGUCCGGAAGACAUGACGUCACAGCUGGAGGAAGAGGAGGAGUCGGUGGACGCCGGGGCUGUGCUGCUGGACGACGACAGCCCGAGCUACCAGGACGUCAGCCCCCCAAUGUACCAGCGACGUUCGCCGCCACACCGCUCUGUCUCUGAGUCCGAGCUGACACGGCCGGGAUACGUGAAGCUGUCCAAGCCGGUGGCCCUGUGGACCCAACAGGACGUGUGCAAGUGGCUGAAGAAACACUGUCCCAAUCAACACCAGAUCUACAGCGACUCCUUCAAACAGCACGACAUCACAGGGCGGGCUCUGAUGAGAUUGACGGACAGAAAGCUGGAAAGAAUGGGCAUCAUGCAGGAAGCCCAGAGGCAGCACAUCCUGCAGCAGGUCCUGCAGCUCCGCGUCCGGGAGGAAGUCAGGACCCUUCAACUUCUCACGCAAGAUGAAUCAUGAAUCAUCCGUGGGUGGUUUCACCAGCUCUUUCCGGGAAAUAGUGAGACAUCCUCUCUGGAGUGCACUCCGUCUUCACCAUAGCCGGACAGAGCGGGAAGGACGUGGUCGCCCACCACCUUCGCCGACAUCCGCCAGGACUUCUUCGUCAUCUCUCCGUCUCACGCCUUUGUUCUCCGUCCUCCCCUAAGAAGACAGAUCCAGAAACAAAACAAAGGAAAAGAAACAAACUCAAGCCUUCUUCUUUCCCAGCCACUCCUGAGACGCUCCCGCGAGUUGUGACUCGCCGUCUCCAAACAAUUCCUCACUGCUUCCUGGAAUCUGACCAAUAGUUUCCAACUCAGCCGUCAUUUCUGACCUUUACCGCCAAACUUCCACCAGAGCUCUCACGCUACAGCUGCCACUUCCCUCUCCCUCGGAAAAGUCAAGCCCUUCUCACCACAUCAUCAUUUACUCAGAGUUGAAAACACUUGCUUGGCUGGGUUUCCUAAAAAAGCAUUUAAAAACGAAGAUGAUCUCUCUCUCUCUCGUCAUUGCCUUGUGGUUUCCUCUGUGUGUGUGUGUGUGUGUGUGUGUGUGCGCGCGUGCUGAUCUGCUCUUAGGGAACCCUCACCGUAAAGAGUGACACCUAUAAUCCACUUCUUGGUCUGUGGCAUGUUAGCUCUUUCAUCGUUGCCCUCAAAUGUGUAUUUUCCUCCCAUGAGCGCUCUUGUGGUGCACUGAGACUUUCAGAAGUGGCAGCCUAAUGACUGUCCACAAGACCACCACCACAGUAUCCAAUUCCUCCGACCGUCUUCUUCCUCCUUAUCUGCAGAGAGGUGACAUUUUUACACAACAUGUGUGUUUUUGUGCUAUUUCUCUCUCUCUCUCUCUCUCAUUCUGUGCACAAAUCCUGUUAUCGGCCAAGUGUCCGCAUCCCCCUCGUCACCCUUUUGCCCCCAUCACCAUAUUGUGGAUCGCUCUCUCAGGAUAGACUGCGAGAGAAAGGACGUCACUGUGAAAACAACUAACAGUUAGUCUGGGAAUAAACACCCAAACCUGGCAUCACAUUAGGUACGGCUAAGUUGGCUGCUGUGGAAAUGAACAACGUCGUUUUGCGGGGAAAAAAAAAAAAGCAAUCCGAGGGAGAUGAAGCAGAACCUGAGAGAGAGAGAGGGAGAGAGAGAAGGGGAAAAAAGGGAUGAACUGCAUGAAGGAAAUUCCCUCGAUGUCCCUUAAAAAAGCUGCCAGUAAGGUAAACUGAAGCAAAUGGAAAGGGAGUGGCUGGAGUGUAAAAACAAAAAGAAGAAGAAGGAGGAGAAGAAGAAAAGGAGCAGGAAAAAGCAAAUGGAGAGAGACUUCGACCUGAAACUCUUCAACGCUAAUGAGGAGAGAAAAAGAAAGAAAAAGAAAUCACGGAUAACAAAAGGAGAGAGCCUUUUUUUCAUUUCCCUUCCCCCCUCUGUAUCGCCGACUCGUUAUUGCUCUGUCUGCUUUUAAACUAUUUUUAGAUGAGAUAUAUUGAAAAUAGUGUAGAAGGGGAGAUGUGCUGUGCGCAACAAAAAAAAAAAAGAAGAAGAAGAAGCUCAUCAUGGAAAAUGUCAUCUGUCAGCCUAUUAGGGAAGAUAACAAACACUGUAUUCAAUGUAUCUUCUGAUGAGAAAACUCUAAAUCUCUGUCAAUGUGAAUAAUGGCCUCUCACUGUUGAUAUUAUAGGUAUUUUAAACUGCACUUCAAAAGCACAUGUGUCUGUCACGAAAACAACUGCUGUAAGCUCGGAUUCGUCGUCAUCCCCUCCGCCACGUCUGUGAGUGUAAAUACAUUAUUAAAAAAAAAAGGGAAAAAAAAGACAAACCCUGUAGCCAGUACAUAACGACCUGUUACUAUCAAGCCGCUGAUUUUCCUGGAGUGAUAUUUAUCAGAAGCUCGCAUCCACGCCGGUGUAGCAUGAGCUGUUGUCAUGGUAACAACAUCUUUUUUUUUUCCUCCCCUGGAUGGGAGCUGUCAAUCAGGUGGAGCAUAAAGUAGCGGAUCACGGGGGAAACAGGGGGUCAGCGUCGGCCCCUGAGAGCCAUCGUGCUUUAAUGGGAUUUCACUCGUACACGAGGGCCGGUCUGUGUCCAGCCAUUCAUUGUUUGGAUAGUAGAUGUAGCCUAAUGCAGCAGAGACCUGUGAGCAGAUUGAAUAGUAUUGAUCAGUUCUUCAGGACAUACUGUCGGUCCGGCGGGAUUACAAAAGCCUCAAGGAGUGUGUGUCUGUGUGUGUGUGUGUGUGUGUGUGUGUGUGUGUGUCCUGACAGUCACACAGGGAUGGAGUUGUUCGGGCUAAAACACAAGUGGCUAUUUCACGGUCGGGUGCCGAUGCCGUGUCCGUGUCUGUCAGGGCCACAGGAGGGAGGAGAGGGGCUGGAGGGUCCGUUAAGUUUGGGAUUUGUCCACUCCCGGAUUUCAGAUUUGGGUGGGGAAUUGGUACGUGGUCGGCAAAAGGUUGGUGAGUUUGUUAAAUGUAUGCAAACGACCCCUUAGCAGGCCAUCAUUACCUAUUUUCAUCAAUAACACAAGCUGAUAUUGAUGAUGAUGUUGUUAUAAAGAUUUCAUGCAACCUCCAAUUGGCAUUAAAAGAGAUUGGCAAUUUGGAGAAAACACUUGAAAACACACUGAGAUGAGAAGAUUGAUACUCUUGUAUUAGCUUGGCUUAGCAUAAAGACCAGAAACCAGGGGAAACAGUUAGUCCUCAUCUUCACCUUUUUUAAAUGCUGCAGUUUGUUUGUGUUCCUUUGGUUUUGUCAGGCUCUUAUGUUCUCAUAAAGGUGCAAUAUGUAAGAAUUUGCUGCCUGUCAAAUUCAGUCUCAAAACAAAUACGGAGCAGCAUAUCAUCAAAGUAAUAGCUAGCUCCUGCUAGCUGUAGCAGUCGCCGCUAGUUAGCUUAGUUAGCCAUGCAGCUAGUGGUCUGGACUGGGAGCUUGUAGCACCAGGGGAGUGAUUUUUUUAAAAAUAUGCUUGUUGUAUUAUAUGUCCAGCAGGAGGCCACUCCGCUGGUUUCAAAAAGAAGUCCAACCAUAUAUUAGCUUAUGAGAAAAUGACCCUACUUCUCACAUGAUUUAAUACUUGAAUUAACAGUUUCCUAAUGAGAUUAUGGUCUCAAUCUUUGGUUUCAAGUCUUCUUUAAUGCAGCGUUAUGUUAAUUUAGUAAAUUGUGGUCUGAUUUAGAAUAAAAUAGAUUAUAAAGCAGGGUGUACUUUAGGGCGUGUCUACGCCAUGGCAGAGAAGUUGCUACCAUGUCUUAUCCUCUGAUUUUCAGUCAGAUCCAAUCAGGAAAUCCUCCCCAGCUCCACCCUCUCGUCCAAAUAUGGUCGCUCCUGGCUCCUGGCAGCCGCCGUAUUGCCAAACUCAAGGCUUCAAGACAGAAAUCUACAAACCAGUGGCCGGUUUACACCUGCUCUGUCCAAAGGUAACAACAUCUUCCCACCGCCACAGCUGAAGCUGUACGAAAAGUGACGAACAAAUGAGAUGUGACAUGUUCAAUAGUGAGCUUUAGUGGUGCGGAAAGGUGGGUUUGUUUCCUUUUAGACGGAGCCGGGCUAACUGUUGCCCUCUGUGUCCAGCCUUUAUGCUAGGUCAAGCUUCAAAUUCAGCGGGCAGGUACAGAUCUUCUCAUCUUACUCUCGGCAUGACUGAUGAAGAGCCUGCUUGUCAAAAAUGUCAAGCCAUUUCUUUUUGUUUGAAUCCUAAGUUCUUCUCAGAGUUGGUACGACGCAUCAAGAUGUGCACAAAAGAGCCUGACAAAAAACUAACGACGUGCAUUUCCCAAAAUCCGGAGGGAACAGCAACGCAGGGCCGACUUCUUGUGAUCUCACAGUAUAUGAACCACUUGCAUUGGAUUUCAUCAUAUUUUGGAUUGCGGCCCUAUAAAGACAGUAGCGUCUGUAUUCAAGCUAAAUUGCAGGUCUGCGCUCUGGAGUGCCUGUUAAAAGAUUAUUGACAGCGCUGUGCUCUUGUACUCUCUAAGCCUCUUUAAAAAUUCAAAUGUUUCAAAUUUCAUGCGGACGGUCUAAAACUUUGGGUCAAGACCUACAUUUCCAUGCAGGCUAUAAACUAACAAAUGUAGCAGUGUGUUGUAGUGAUCCAUAUCCCCGGCUGCAGCACUGUAAUAACCCUGGGUGUAGGCAGUAAAAUAUUGAUUCUUUAUUGCUUCUCUCCAGAGUGUGUGCUCGCUCCUGGCUCGCAGGUGGAGGGUGGGUGGGAGGGGGAGUGAGGGAAUAGAUUUUCCUCCAGGGGCAUGAGGGAAACUUUCCACUGUAUUUCUUACCCUGACAUCCAGGUUUAACCAGCUCAAAGAUCUGGCAACUCAUGCCAAGGUGUCCGAGGACUUGCCCGGACUGGCUCCGAGAACCUGUUAAGAGGUUUGGCACACACUCGUACAGACACUGAUACACGGCGCACAGUUUCACAACGGCAGGCUGAACCCUGAACACGACGUUAUUGCACAAGAACUCUUCGCACAUGCUGGCACGCAGGAAGAAAUGCACACAAACCCCAGAGGAAAAAAAAAAAAGGACUUUCUCUCACACACACAUACACACACACGUGGUGACACUAUGUACGCACACAUUUCUCAACAAAUUAACAGUAAACACAAGGCACAGCCGCUCACAGGUUUCUCAUUAGUUAUGCAUAAACAAGUGUGGGAGCAAACAUGCGAGCGAUGCCUCGAAAAACAAUCUAAACAGGAGGCUACAAAUGGGAGAGUUUAGUUUCUGCCGUGGUGACAGCAUGUUCCGAUUCUGUUCUCAGUGUUUUUUGUAACCAACAGGCAUGCAGACCAAGUCUCUACUCCCAGUCUAUCUACAUAUAAAGGUGCCUAACGAUGGAUAUUAAUGAUGGUAUUGAUAUCAUGAUGAGUAUAUAUAUAAUAAACAGAUUAAUCUUCAUGUA